AUGAGGCUUGAGCUAUUAUGUGAAUCACAGACAGCUCUACAAGCUGAAGUGGAUCAACCGGAGGAUGAAAUAACACGGUAUUUGGCAAAAGGGCUCACAAAAGGUAAUCCUCGGGUCUUCUGGAAGGAGCAUGAGCACGAGUAUCCAGUCCUUGCAAAGAUUGCACGAGAUAUCCUCUCAGUUCCUGCAAGUGGCGCUGGUGUUGAGCGGCUUUUUAAUUGUGCUCGUGAUGUCUGUCACUAUCGUCGGGGACAGUUAAAGCCAGGCACAAUUAAAGAUCUAAUGCUCCAUCUCUUCUCAUCUAAGUUUGAUCUUGAACAAAGCGAGCUAGAGAUGAUUAAAGAGUAUCUCUCUGUCGGAGAGGCUGCUAUGCUUGAUCAGACAAGACAGCCUGUUCCAUCGCUUAAUGAACUCGAACCAAUUAGUGAUAAUGAAGAAGAGGGUUGCGAAGCAGAGGAUUUAUCUGAGGAUGAUACAGAUGAAUCUGAUAACGAGGCAGAAGAAGGGUUAUCUACCACGCAGCCUGUAGCUCAAACUAAGCAGGUACAACGGAAGCGGUGCCGAAGUAACACCUCUGAGGCUAUAGAUGAUGCUGAUAAUGGUCUCCCACUUCCCGAUAUGCCAAUUGAGAAGACGCAGGCGCGGUCAGGGAGGGUUCGGAAGAGGCCUAAGCUACCUGAGGGAUUUGAGAUUGAUAAGCUGUAA